AUGCUUUCUGUUUUAAGGAGCAGUUCAGAGAGGAGGAAGGAGAAAUCCAGAGAUGCUGCAAGAUGCCGACGAAGCAAAGAAACCGAAGUGUUUUAUGAACUGGCCCACGAGCUGCCCCUGCCGCACAACAUCAGCUCACACCUGGACAAGGCCUCCAUCAUGCGCCUGGCCAUCAGCUUCUUACGCACGCACAAGCUCUUGUCUUCAGUAUGCGCUGACAACGAGAAUGAACUAGAGGCAGACCAGCAGAUGGACAACUUGUACCUGAAAGCUUUGGAGGGAUUUAUUGCCGUGGUGACACAGGAUGGAGACAUGAUCUUCUUGUCAGAGAAUGUCAACAAAUACAUGGGUCUAACCCAGGUGGAAUUAACUGGACACAGCAUUUUUGACUUCACUCACCCGUGUGACCAUGAAGAAAUUCGAGAGAAUCUGAGUCUGAAAAAUGGUCCAGGUUUUGGAAAGAAAAGCAAAGAGAUGUCAACUGAGCGUGACUUCUUCAUGAGGAUGAAAUGCACCGUUACCAACAGAGGCAGAACUGUUAACCUCAAAUCUGCCACAUGGAAGGUUUUGCACUGCACUGGACAAGUUAAAGUAUAUAACACUUGCCCUCCUCACACUCUGUGUGGGUAUAAAGAGCCUCUUCUCACCUGCCUUAUAAUAAUGUGUGAGCCUAUUCAGCAUCCUUCAAACAUCGAUAUCCCCCUGGACAGCAAGACCUUCCUGAGUCGCCAUAGCAUGGACAUGAAAUUUACAUACUGCGAUGACAGAAUAACAGAAUUGGUUGGUUACCAUCCAGAGGAGCUACUGGGCCGCUCAGCGUAUGAGUUCUACCAUGCCUUGGACUCAGAGAAUAUGACCAAAAGUCAUCAGAACUUGUGCACAAAAGGUCAAGUGGUGACUGGCCAGUACCGGAUGCUUGCCAAGCACGGUGGAUAUGUGUGGCUGGAGACUCAAGGGACAGUGAUUUACAAUACGCGCAACCUGCAGCCUCAGUGUAUCGUCUGUGUCAACUAUGUGCUGAGUGAAAUUGAGAAGAAUGAUGUUGUGUUCUCUAUGGACCAAACGGAAUCUCUCUUUAAACCUCACCUGAUGACGAUGAACACCACCUUCGAGAAUGGGAUCCCCGUGGCUGAGAAGAGUGACUUCUUGUUUACUAAAUUAAAGGAAGAACCAGAAGAACUUGCUCAGCUGGCACCAACACCAGGCGAUGCCAUUAUUUCCCUGGAUUUUGGGACACAGACUUUUGAAGACGCCCCUGCCUUCACCAGUGCUGUUUUGGCACCAAACAAGCCGUGGCCAGUGGAAGCGAAGAGUCACGCUGCGCAAGGUGAAACGCUGACGAUACCGUCCUUUACAAUGCCUCAAAUUGCACCUGGCAGCAGUACUCCAAGUGCGAGCAGCAACAGUAGCUGUUCCACGCCAAGCAGCCCAGGGGAUUACUACAGUUCUGUGGAUGACGAUCUUAAGAUUGAGGUGAUUGAAAAACUCUUUGCCAUGGACACAGAAUCAAAGAGUCAGUGCACCUCCCAGACUGAUUUCAAUGAACUGGACCUUGAAACCUUGGCUCCUUACAUUCCUAUGGAUGGAGAAGAUUUCCAGCUCAGCCCAAUCUGCCAGGAAGAACGUCCACUCUCUGACAGUGCACAAAAUACCCAGCAGAGUCUAAGUAGCAUGAGUACCAUCUUCCAACCCCUUGCUUCUGCUUCACAGAAUCAGUUCCUCCCAGAGAAGUAUUGCCCACAGCUAUCAAAUAAAAACGUUAACCCUGGUCGUGGGUCUCUGUCAUCCGUGUUCUUCAACAACGUGCGUAGGUCAUCGCUGCCACCAUACCACGACCAAGCCAGCACUCCCCUGUCUUCAAUGGGAGGAAGACCAAAUACUCAGUGGCCUCCUGAUCCCCCGUUAGGAUAUGUUCCUACUAAAUGGAGACUUAUGGAAAAAUACUCAGGAUCCUUAUCAAGUUCCCCCUCAGGGCCACCAGUACAUUCUCCCAGCGUGCCCAUAUAUAAAAAAAGGCCACUGGAUGUUUUUGGGCAGCGACGCAUAGAUAUAAAUCCAGCGAGAAUUGCUCUGUCUAACAGUUUGAAACUGAAGCGACAACUGGAUUAUGAAGAACAAGCAUUGCAACAGCUGAGUGGGGGAGACCCAUCUGUCAUUAACCCAUCUCAUUUGAUGUGGAAGCGAAUGAAAUUUCUGAAAGGCGAAAAUUGUUCCUUGGUUACAGAAAAGAAGUCUCUCAGCACAAGUGUUCUUACUGAUGAGUUUGUUUGUAACUCAAGAGGUCUGAGCCAACCAAUGAACCAACUGCAGCAGCAGCCACAGCAGCAGCAACCACCCCCCUGCGGCAGUCCUGGUGAGAGUCUGAAAGCAGGAACUUUCCCCCCUCAGUUUUACAGUUCCCAUUAUCAGGACUUUACUGUCCAGCCAACUCAUAAAGUAUCAGGUAUGACAAGUCGUCUGCUGGGGCCCUCCUUUGAACCAUAUUUGUUGCCUGAACUGACGAGAUAUGACUGUGAGGUUAAUGUCCCCGUUUUGGGCAGUUCUACGCUCCUGCAGGGAAGUGAACUGCUCAGAGCUCUGGACCAGGCAACCUGAGCAACCCUGCAAUAUCCCUCGGCCUAUACUGUUCAAACGGCUUCAGUUUUUAAAUAUAUUUUUGCAAGUAGACAAUUUCUAAUACCAAUACACUUUUACAGGAUUUUACUUAGAUAUUGAACCUGUCCACAUUACCAAAUAGUGGCCUUUUGAAGUUACUCACUUUAUUCUUCAUAUAAAGAAAUACAUCUACUGUAUUUUCUCUAUUGCAAUUAAAGUGUUGUUUAGAGAGUUUGAUUGCCCUCCCCUUAUCUCGUUGCCUGUAAUUUAUACUCUAAAACUUUCUUCAAUUUUUAUGCUAUAAAAAGCUGUGGUAUAAAUGCCUCAUCAUGUUAUACUUUGGCUGCAGUACUGCAAAGAUUUCUUUUUAUUGCCAAAGAUGAAUGAAACAAAUUUGAUCUCCAACCACAGUUUUUUGUUGAUCCGCCAAAUUAAAAUCCUUUGAGUCUUUCUGUUUACCAGCAUUUAUCAUAUUGUAACUCUAAUAACUUUUGGAAAAGCAUACUGAAAAAAAAAAAACCCAGCCUUCUGAUUCCCCUUUUCCCUUAUUUUAAUACACUUUGUUGAAAGAAAUGUGAAUGGUGAACUGCAAUGUUUUGUGGGUAUCUGUGAAAGUUGCACGUUGUAAGCGUUUUUCCUCAGAAGCAAGCCAGAUUCUCAGCUGACUUAACCUGGCUUAGCUCUAUGGACAAGGUGGGGGGGUCCUACAGAUUUACCCCAGUGGAGGAUUUAGACCUGUGUUUUUGUUUGUGAGGGGGCUUUUUUGUUUCAUUCUUUUUUGUUCCUUUUAUUUUUACACAAAACAGAUUUUUUUUUUUAAUUCUCUCUGGGUCAAUUGUUAAUCACCUCUUGGUACUUUUGCUAUAUCUAGGACACAACUUCUUAAGAGCUGUUUCUGCUAGAACUAGUAGUAUUUGUUAUGGUGUUGCUGAUACUUCAGGAAUCUGACCAGCGGCCAGUACUAACACUUCUGAUUAAUGUUAGCUUUUGUAAGUUUUAUAUGAUAGCUAGCAAUAUAAUCUACAAUACUGAAUCAUUAAAACUAAAGUUAAAGUAGUAUUUCCCAGUGUAUUAGGCUACUCAGUUAUAAGUAGACAAAAAAAGAACUGAGGAUUGUGUAGUGAGAUCAGUAGCUGGCAGACAGUUCACUUUAACUUGCCUUGUAUUAGUCAAUAGCUCAAACGUCAUUAAAAGGCAGCCAGACAUUUUGAGAGCUCCCUUUCAACUAUCAUCCGUUGUCAUGCACAUAUUUUAAAAAAAUAAGGCUUUGAAUAUUCUCAAAGCAUGUGAAGGAGUAAAUUGACUAUAGAAUACUUAAACGAACAGCAAAAAUACUAAAGUUAUAAAAGGCAGGUGAGCAGUUCUGACUUUGAAAUACUUACUUACAAACCUAGAUAUUUGUUGGAAUAUGUCAUCUUCCUUCCUCCACUGGUAUAAAUCAUUGUAGCUUCAUUGGAGAAAAUGGAACAGUGGCAAUUUACACAAGGUAAAAAUCUGGUCCAGAAAGUAGUCCUUAGAGCAAAGCUAUCUUUUCAGACUUCCCAUUCCACUGAAGCCUGUUUUCUAAAAUUGCUUUUAUCAUGCACUGACACUUGCAGAAAAGGAGCCUUGAGUUCAUUAAGCACUUCAGAGAUCAUCGCGUUAAGUGAAUCUUAACCAUAUAUACUAUGCGCUCUUAAAAAGGAAAAAAAAAAAAAGGAAAAAGGUGAAGGUCUUCGUUGAUAUUCGUACAUAAUAUAAAAAAAAUUAUGAUAGUCCCUCACUGCAGGCAGAUUUUUAGAGUUUAUUAGCAAAAAUAAGCUACUCUUAAAGUGAACAUAUAAUUAUAUUGUAAGCGUCAAAAUCUGAUGAAAAUUGGCAAGCCAGCUUUGACAAAUUAUUUGCAGUGGCAAGGACUUAAAGGCUUCAAGGAUUAAUGACACUUGAAUACUGCUCUUCUGUUUCUUAUUUGUGUAGUUUCAGCAUUAAAAAUGUUAAACCCUAACAGUUUACUAAAACACUCUGAAAGAAUAUUCCAUGUCUUAAUAUUAAUCAUACUUUUCAUCAUAAUUAUUUCAUAAUCUAUAUUGCUGAAUUCUUAUUGACAAUAUUAUAACUGUAUGGGAACUUUAACUUGAUAAGGAAAUGUAUUUUGACACUGAUACCUUAUUAAAGUAUACUGAUCCUAAAUUCUUUGCGA